AGUGAUAUUCUCACACUACUGAUAGUUUGGAAAAUCUACUUACACAAGACUGAGGUAACUAAUUAGUUUACACCAUUUGAUGACGAAAUAGCACCAUAUUGGCAUGUAAUACACGAGCGCGCGCUUUAAAUACUUCGGCUUAGUUGGUCUUUGCGACAUGUCGGGAGGUAGCAGUGUGCCUGAUUCGGCGUUCACUGGUUGGAAAUACUAUUUUAAUUCUUACACCUUGAAAGGCCGUUUUAAUAUAGUAAUGGCCAAUUAUGCAAUACUGUUCGCGGGCAUCGCAAUUUGGCGAAUGAGGUCAAAAAAGAAAAAAGCCCUAGAAAAAGAUGGGACCUGAUGAUAUUUUGGAGUAGAAUAGAAGGCUUCCAUAAAUUAGCAUUCGUGUAACCAGUUGCGUCUUGUACUACCGAAAUAGAAAAUUUUUAGAAAUACAAUUGGUGUUCUCUAUGAUUCAAGGACUGAUCUUUUUACUGUUUUUACGAGCUUGCAUACCAUCUGUUGAUUCAUUCAUUUAGUUGGUUGCAACAGCUGCCUCGUG